AUGGCUGACGUGGAAGUGAGAUUAACUAGCGAGCAAAACGAGGCCGUGAAUCAGUUGAAAGAGUUAUUGGAGCAGCGGAAAAAGCUGAUAGAGGGCCAAGAGGAUGAAUCCAUAUACUUUGCCCCGUCGGCCAGCGGCAGCUUCACGGCCAAAGGUACCUAUGACAACAUGCAGUACGACAACAUGCGGCACGACAACAUGCGGCACGACAACAUGCGGUACGACAACAUGCGGUACGACAACAUGCGGUGUGACAACAUACGGUACGACAACUUGGACGAUCAUUCCCACUUGGACGAUCAUUACCACUUGGACGAUCAUUCCCACUUGGACGAUCAUUCCCACUUGGACAAUGAGAAUCAUUCACGCUUGGACAAUGAGAAUCAUUCACGCUUGGACAAUUCACACCUGGACAAUUCACACUACGACACUAGCUACAAUUCCAGUAACGGCAACGGCCUCAAAGAGCUGCCUGACAGCGAAGACUUCUCCUCCUCGGGACCGCUGCAGCUGUCGGACCGCAGCUUGGGCGACGGACGCGGUGGCAUAGGACGCAGCGCAGAAGGCGAAGUGCCCAGCACGGACUGCCGAUCGUCGCAACGAUUCCCUUUUGGCGGACAACGAGUCUCGGUCGACUUGCGGCUGGGGGACUCAGGCAUGCGUCCCGCCUACAGACAGUCUUACGACCUCAGCAGACAGGAAGCCCCCCGAUAUGACCCGCCAAGACAUGACCCCAGUCGGUGCGACUCCGGAAGGCACGAAUCCGGGAGAUACGACUCGGGAAAGUAUGAUUUCGGAAGACACGACUCUGGGAGGCACGACUCUGGGAGGCACGACCCCGGGAGGCACGACCCCGGGAGGCACGACCCCGGGAGGUAUGAAGUGAGACAUGAAGCCGGGAUUCGGUACGACCCGGCAGCCAGGUACGACUCCCGGCAGAUGAUGGAGAGACCGGCGCAAGAAAAGUCGAUGGAGCGACCAGUGCUUGAGCGGCAGAUGCUGGACAGGACACCUUCCUACGAGGCCCGUGCUCCUCCGCGAAUGCCAGUGUAUGAAAGCGAGGCGAGGUUCGCCGAAUCGGUGCCGCGGCUGACGGAGUCCGCGACGGUGCAGCGUUCGUUCGUGCCACGGCCGGAAUUUUCCGGGAGUGGGCGGCGUGCAUCCUGCGCGGUGUUGCCGACGCUCGACUUUGGAGCGGGGCGCGCAGACUACGUCAAACGCCCGCUCGCCCCGCGGCCCAAUGACAGCCCCGGCCUCUCCACCGCCUCCACUGCGUACUCUACGCCCAAGGAUCGCUUCCGUCUUCGGUCCAUCAAAUUCGAAGCCCAUACGCAAACAAGACCCUGCGCACCCGAAGAGCGCGGCAUGCAAACUGAAGAGUCCUGUCUGCAACUCUGCGAACGCGGCUGUCAGACCGAGGACUUGGCCUUCGAUGACAAACACGCGCGCUGA